AGACAGCCAGGCACCCAAAGACAGACCUACUGCUGCCCACAGAAGACACUAUUCUUUUCUGCGGACCCUGUUAAGUUUGAGCCCACUGCACCAGGAACCCUAGAGUCCCAGCUCCGCCCCAGGGACGAUGACAGUGACCUUCAGGAUGAAGCCGCCACCCUCCCAGGCCUUCUCCCAGGACCUGCCCUGCCGCUUCAGCGUCUCCCGGCUUGGGCAGCCGCGCCCCGCCCAGGAAUUCACCACUCACUGGCACCUCAGUUGCUGGCGGCUGCAGCUCGUCCAGGCUCUCAGGUGUUCACUCCGCAGCCAGAGCCCUGCCAGAGGCCACCGCUGCGGGUACCAGAUAGGAUCACGGCGGCGCUGACUCACCAGAGCCACCUGAACCCCCUGGACCGCUGGCCCACCCGAGACCACAUGGAGGCGCAGGGACACGAAGACCCGGGGGGCGCGCUGCGGGAACUGGCAGAAAAUCUAUUUCAGGAACUUCAAGAACAUUUUCAAGCUCUGACUGCAACAUUAAACCUCAGAAUGGGAGAAAUGGGAAACCGCCUCCAGGACUUGCAGAGGAAUGUGAAUGCCUUAAUGGUGCAAGCUGGGAUCAACAAUGCUAUCAAAGAACAAAUGCUUUGGUUACUCGGCUCAGACUUGACUCUGACAUGUGGCAACCAGCAGGGCAGCUGCCAUGUCUAUAUGAGCCGCCCAUGUUUCCACUGUCCAGAAUGCACUACUAAGUUGCCUGUCUAGAAGCAGAUGGAGCCCUAGCCACAGUCAGCAAGUACAGGUCUCAGAUUCACGACCACAAAACGGGAUUCAGCCAACUACCUAGGUGAGCCAUAUGGCUUCUUCCCCGACUGACUGCCUUUGAGAGACUCCAAGGAAACCUGCAGAACCUGCCCAGACUAGGACCUGCAGAACCCUGAGCUCACAAAUGGUGCUUUCUGCCACAGAACUUGUGCUAACUUGUUCCACAGAAUAUGAAGCUAAUACACACCCUACACAGUCCACCUGGACCAUCCUCACCAACAGGGGCUCUACUUGUUUAGUGAACAUUAAUACUGCUACCCACCAACUUUUGUAGUAACAAUAACUAUGAAAUUUUGGCAAGUAUAGCAAUAUUAAAGGGUUAUUUCUUUCCUAA